AUGCGUCACCUGGAUGUCUUUUUAUUCCUUUACUUCACCGCGCACUCCGUGCACGCCAUUCCCUUUCGUCCGCGAAACAUCAUCGAUCCUUUAAACCCGUUAAAAAGCGUGGCAAGCGAGUUAUUGGGCAUAACUACUGCAGCAAAUGGACUACCCUCCCCCCCAGACCCAGCGACGAUCAUCGCUCCCUCUCCAGUUACCGCAUCACCAUCAUCUUCUUCAGGUACGGCUACAGCUCAGACGAGUGAUGCAGAGAGCACAUCAUUGUCGGAUGGAUCGUCAGUUACAGGCACGGGUGGGGUAGAAAGCAUAACUGUCACAGGCACGGCCACUCAGUUGUCCACAGGCGGUGUUUCGGCCGGUGCUUCAUCUUCCAGCCUCAUUGACACUACCACCACAGUUCCAGCUACCUUUUUCACCACCUCAGUCUCUAGUGGAACAGCGAAUUCGGUAGUACCUACGACAACUGGAGGCGGCGAUUCGUCGGGGUCGGGGUCAGGGUCGGGAUCAAAUUCAGGCUCAGGCUCAGGAUCAGGCUCAGACUCCGGCUCGGGCUCGGGUUCAGGCUCAGGCUCAGGUUCGGGCUCUGGAUCGGGUUCAUCGUCGUCGGCCGAUUCAGAUGGGGCAAAUGGUCUCUCCGCAGGAGAGAUCGCCGCCGCCGUGGUUGUACCUGUACUUGCCUUCAUUGGAAUAAUUUUCUUCCUCUUUCGUUUCUGUACCCCGGUGCGACGAAGAUAUGAAGAUUGGCGCCAGCAGAGGCUAGAGACUCGUGCGUACCGCAGAGCAUUGGACGAUCCUGUGCUAUCGUUCGGUACGCGAGAAAAGGGUCUGGGACUCGGCGAUGUCGAACAAUUAAUGCGUCCUCUUUCAUUUGGCUUCAGCAAGCCUCAGCGGCAGGGGAUCAAACGAAAACCUUUAAAUUGGGAUGCUUCGAGAAUAGGCUCGCAGCGAAUAUCUGCCAUUGGAAUGGCGGUGCCCAUGGGCGAGCAUAGGAGAAUGGGCAGUGAUAGUUCUGAAGAGAGUGAUGAUGUGAGAUACGAAGAUGCCCGUUCAGACCCAACCUAA